AUGUAGGUGAAAGAUAGUGCGUCCAUGGGUGAGGUUCGGUGUGGUAGUUUAGCUGGAAGUUUCAUGUGGCCGUUGUUGAUUUGGUUCAGCUGUGACAUCACGUAUACGAAAUCUUUAAACAUUUUUGCAUUUGUGGACGUAAGCGGAUAGGUGAAAGAAGAUUAAACCCAAGUGGAAAGUGCUUUAAAUAGUUCCUUUAAACAAACGGAAUCCAGUCGAAAAAGGUGAACCGUAAAUCGAAUAGCUUGUGAGUGGGUGUGAAACAGUGAAGAAGAAAAAAUUGUCUACUGCGAAAAAAAAGGGGAUAAGUACCCUCCCGGCGGCACGGAGAAAGCGCGCCACUUUCUCACAAUCGAUAGCAAAAGUGUGAUAUGAGAACGCCGUCUCAUAGGAACAGCUGAUGAACCCCACGGAACACCAAACGAUCGGGGCCCUCUUCCUCAUGCUUCUGGCAGUGACGACGACGAGGGUCUCUACCAACAGCGCAGUCAAAACAGGAAUAGCACCUGUGCCAAAUGUGGUGGUCGAGGAACCAGAAUUCACGGAUGUAAUUGAAAACGUCACAGUGCCUGCAGGACGGAAUGUCAAACUGGCGUGCUCCGUCAAGAACCUAGGAUCAUUUAAAGUAGCGUGGAUGCACUUCGAGCAGUCUGCUAUUCUCACUGUACAUAACCAUGUGAUUACGCGAAAUCCACGGAUCAGCGUGACACAUGACAAGCAUGACAAGCACAAAACAUGGUUCCUACACAUAUCAAACGUCCAGGAGGAGGACAAAGGCCGUUACAUGUGCCAAAUCAAUACCGUGACGGCCAAGACACAGUUUGGCUAUCUGCACGUCGUCGUGCCACCCAACAUCGACGAUUCGCUCAGUUCCAGCGACGUUAUUGUCCGGGAGGGAUCCAACGUGACGCUGAAAUGCCGCGCCACGGGAAGUCCAAUGCCACAGGUCAAAUGGAAACGGGACGAUAAUUCUAAAAUAGCUAUUAAUAAGUCGUUAAGUGUGCUCGAGUGGGAUGGAGAAUCGGUGGAGCUAUCGAAAAUCUCCCGCCUGGACAUGGGUGCAUACCUCUGCAUUGCAUCGAACGGUGUCCCACCCACGGUGUCGAAGCGGAUUAAAGUCAGCGUUGACUUUCCGCCGAUGCUUUGGAUCCCACAUCAACUGGUAGGAGUGCCUCUCAGUUUCAAUAUUACCUUGGAGUGUUUCACCGAGGCACACCCGACGUCGCUGAACUACUGGACCCGGGAGGAUGGACACAUGAUUCAUGACUCCAGGAAAUACAGGACGGAGUCCACUGUUGGCAUGCCAAUCUACAAGACGCACAUGAAGCUGCACAUCUUCCACAUCCUACAGAGUGAUUACGGAACCUACAAGUGUGUAGCCAAGAACCCUCGAGGGGAAACCGAUGGAGUGAUACGAAUAUACACAUCCACACCACCAACGACAUCCCCGGGUCCACCAACGACCGAGUCUCAACUGCUCGACUUCUGGCCCGGUAACGGUCGCAACGAUAGCUACGGCUCGUAUCAUCCCGGUAACGGCCCCGGCGGCACACUCAACGGUGGUCAGCAUCAUCCCAAUUCGUAUUCCGUACACGUGGUUGAUAAAAAUUCUAAAUAUUCCUCCAACCUGAACGAAAUCGACAAAUCGGAACAGAAAUCACUCGAUUCUAAAGUCAUCUAUUGGUCAGCCAGUGGCAACGGUAGCAGUAGGGAUUCAUCAAGAGUCAUUUUCAGUAUUCUGUCCAGUUUCGUUAGCUCAACUGUACUAACUUUUCUAGUUAAGCUCAGCAUACACUAAUCUUCA